AUGGCAAUUAGUAAUGUAUUGGAUCUUGUUGACGCAAUACUUUAAUUAAUUACUUCAAUUACUGACAUAUCUAGGCUUGAUGUUAAUAUUUCAAUAGGGAUGGUUUGCAGAAUUAUAUUUUUUAUUGUCGUUAUAAGUAUGCGAGAUUUAAGGACAUACCCAGUGGGUGAAUUUAUUGCAUAGGUCGUUGCAUGGUUUGUUUUUCAUGUCUACAUCUUAUACUACGAAAAACAAUAUUUCUAUACUGGGAAAUCAGAUGUAUAUGAUAGAGAAGUAAAUUUUAAAAUUAUGGACACUCUUCAACUGAUAAUUGCAACAAUAUAUAUGGCAUGGACAUUUAAUUCUAUGAUAGAAAUAGUGGUUUUAGCAUUUUUUAUAGGAAAUUUGGUUUUAAAUUCUUUUGAAUUAAUAUACAUAGCAGGGAUAAGAUAAUCUCAUCCAAAUAAUUACAUAAAAUAAGGAGGGUAUACUUAAAUGUACUUUGGUUUUCUUUUUGGUGCUGGAGGAGUUAUUGUAUUCUUAAUCGACGUGGCAUCUAAAUAUUCGGAAGAUGUGAAGGCUUCAGCAGUUUUAACAGCUAUUUUAUACUUAACCAUUAUAGGAUAAUUUAUCGUAGUGCUUUUUUCUUUUUGCUAUUUUUGCAUUGAUGGAGAACAAUUUAAAUUGUCAUAUAAUUGGACAAAAGGAAUUUUAGGCUUUCUUUAUGGGGCAAAUGUUGGUUUAUUUAGUAUUUUUUAUGGAUUUUUAACUGGUUUAGCAACACUUUGUUAUAUCAUAUAUAUGAGAGCGAGAAAGAUAGACGAACACAAUAAAUGA